AUGCCGGGAGUAACUAUCAUUGCUUCUCGAGGAGCUAACCCCAGCUCUCUUUGGCGCUCUCGUGCUCUGCUCGCAACCCCUUGUCUCGAUCACUCCUCGGCUCGCUACUUGUCAACCAAUCGUCGUCCGAACACUCCCUACAAUGGCCGACUAUCAACAAAUCAUAGCGCUUCGACAUCGCAUUUGCUACGCAAGGUGACCAGCGACCAUUCAUCCUCAUGUUCAUUUUCGACAUCCUCGUCUUCGCUGUUGCCUGACUCGGACUGGGAUCACAACCCGGACUUAUCCAUCUCCAAUUUUUCGGAACUUCCUUCCAAAAAUUUCGGAGUCAACCAGCACAUGAUCAUAAACCAGGAAUUCAAGGAGGCAUUGCGUAUGAUCCUUUGGCAAUUCAAAGCACCAAUCCGUUAUGCAUUUGCCUAUGGAUCAGGUGUCUUUCCUCAGAACAACAGUGCUGCUCCAGCUAGCUCUCUACACCCCUCGGCACCCACCGCCAUCAAUAACAUGCAACAGGGGUCCGGAAAGAUGAUUGACUUCAUUUUUGGAGUAUCAUACUCACAGCAUUGGCAUGAUCUCAAUUUGAGCCAACACCGGGAUCAUUACUCUGGCCUGGGCUAUAUGGGCUCGUACAUGGUCUCCCAGGUGCAGGAUCGCUUCGGCGCAGGCGUGUACUUCCAUCCUUAUGUUACGGUGAACGGGACAAUGAUUAAAUACGGGGUGGUCAACUUGGACACUUUGUGCCGGGACCUCACUCAGUGGGACACUCUGUAUCUUGCCGGUCGUCUGCACAAGCCUGUCAAGAUUUUACGGGAUCACCCGAAAGUGCGAUUGGCAAAUCAGGUGAAUUUACUGUCAGCCUUGCGAGUCGCGCUGCUGCUUCUACCUGAGAACUUUAGUGAGUUCGAACUAUACAGUACAAUCGCAGGAAUGAGUUAUAUGGGAGAUCUGCGCAUGGCUCUUCCAGCCGAGGACCCUGGCAAGGUGCGGAAUAUUGUCUCGGGACAGAUGGCGCACUUCCGCCGGCUCUAUGCGCCACUCAUUGAGAAUCUACCCAAUGUCGAUUUCCAGGAUCCUCGCUGCAGCAGUGAUGAUUGGAUCGAUGAUCCGAACGCCAUCCUCUCCAUGGCACAAGAUAUGGAUCCGGUGAAGCGUGGCAACAUGGUUCGCCGCUUGCCCGAAUCUUUCCGGCAAAAGCUAUACUUCCAAUAUCAAUCUCGUUAUGGGAUUCCCCGGGUUGAAUUCGACAAAAUGAUUCAGGAGAGCAAGGAUUCUCAAGAGAUUCUUCGCCGGCCCCAGGGAGGUGCGUUUGAGCAACGGAUUGCGGGAGAUGACUACCUCAAGCAGGAGGUCUCCAAGUCGAUCGAGAAGACAAUCCGCUGGCCAAGCACUGUUCAAACGAUCAAGGCACCUUUCACAGCGGGUUUGGGUAGAAGUUGGACCUACCUGAAAGAGAAACGCGAAAAGCACAAGCAAUCUCAGCUGAAGGCGACUCAACCACCCCGGUCCUCCGAGCAGUCAUCUGAAGCGCCAGCAGAGACGAAGGAAACAAAGAAGGAGUAG